AUGACGACGACGAAUGCUUCCUACGAUGACGAUGCAAACGCGAAUGGCGGCGACGAGUAUUAUCGAGACGUGGAGUUGAACGUGCACUUGCUUUCGCCAAAUAAUCAUCAUCAUCGGCAAAGGUAUUACGAUGAUGAAUACAACACCAAAAAUAAUUACAGGGGCGGGGUGAUUAUCCAAGAGCACACCAAUACGGUGUGCGUCCCGGUGUACGCGAAACCUCCCUUGGCAUUUUUGUUGGGCAUGUUUUGCGCGAUGCCGAUCGCGCUGUGGGAAGCAAAGAGGAAAGUGAGGCUCGACUCGAGGAUUUAUGGUGGGUUGGAUUCGUCUUCGUCUUUGUCGUCUUCGCCCGCGGGGUCGGAGGGGGAAGCUUCGAGGGGCCCUCAACCGCCCAAAGCGACUACUCCUUCUUCAGCUUCGUCUGCGCCGACGGGACCAGGCAAGCGCGCUUUGAAAGCAUCGACGGUAGCCGCGCUGGCGCGCGUGAACCCUGAGAUGUAUCUGCCUACGCCAAAGGAGAGAAGUUACGGGCAUCAAGCGUCGUCGUCAGACGUGGCGAGCGGUGAAGGAAUGUCGAUGGAAAGAAAAGGAGGGAGAGAGAGUAAGGUGACGUUUUCGAGAAUGGUGGAUGGCGCGCGGUCGAUGAUUGCAUUCGCGGCGACAUCGACGAUGGACAUGGCGGUUUCUACCUUACCGACGGUGGUUAUAGAAAACGAUGUGAGUGGCGAUGACGAUCUCGACAUUAUGCGUUUACGCAAAACUAAUGAUAGCACUAGCAGCAGCACUAGCAGGACGCUUAUCGCCGCGAGAUGGAGUCCACCAGAGCAUGAUCCGUCUGCGACGAUUUUAGUUGGCGGAAAUAUAGAACAACUUGGCGGUUGGACGCCGGAGAACUGCGUCCAUAUGAAAAGCAUAGGCGGGAACAAAUGGAUCGCGGAUAUCGGUCACAUCACCGCGGCUACCGAAGUUGAGUUCAAAUUCGUCGUCGAAAGCAAGACAUUCGGACGUCGCGCGGAAACGGGCGAGGUGAGAAAGUUCAACGUCCCAGUAUUGCGCGCGGGCGAAACGAAGUAUACUCACGUAGCGAGACAAGCGCCGAGAUGGUAA